AUGUUCCUCCUCGUCGGCCGCUCUUGCCCACGUCAGACCGCUUUCCUCGUCGCCCGCGCUUUCCCUCAUUACCCUCCCCGACCCUCUGGUCACAUAUGUUCCCGUAGUUGCCCACGCUCUCCCACGUUAACCACACAUCCCCUCGUUGCAAUUGCUAGUAGUAAACAUACCGCGCUUCAGAUCGUCACCCGCGCUCCCCUCAUCACCCUCGUCGACCCACACCGAUCCUCGCCGCCCUCACCUCCCUUGGUCACCGACAUUCCCUCUCGUCGCUCGCGCUUCCCCUCAUCACCCGUGCCGACCCUCGCCGCCCUCGCCUCCCCUCGUCGCCCGCGCGUCCCGUCGUCGGGCUUGCCUCCCAGUCACUCGCGCUUCCCCUUGUCAUCCGCGUUUCCAUCCGCUCUUCCCCUCUCCCCAUCUCACCAUCUCCAGCCCAUCCUUCCUCCCUCAUUCCUUCCGAAGGGCUCUCUCCCCGGCGUCUGCCCCCGUUCCCCCCAUCCUCUUCCUUGUUUCCCCGUAUCCCCUGCCGUGCUUCCCCCCAUCCUAUCCCCUCUUACCCCGUAUCCCCUGCCCUGCUUCCCCCCAUCCCCUUCCCUGCUUCCCCCCAUCCCCUUCCCUACUUCCCCCCAUCCCCUUCCCUGCUUCCCCUCAUCCCCUUCCUUGCUUCCCCUCGUCCCCUCCCUUGCUUUCCCCCAUCCUCUUCCCUGCUUCCCUCCAUCCCCUUCCCUACUUUCCCCCAUCCCCUGCCCUGCUUCCCCCCAUCCCCCUCCCUGCUUCCCCCCAUCCCCUUCCCUGCUUCCCCCCUUCCCUUUCCCUGCUUCACCCCAUCCCCUCCCCUGCUUCCCCCCAUCCCGUCCCGUGCUUCCCCCCAUCCCCUUCCCUGCUUCCCCCCAUCCGCUUCCCUGCUUCCCCCCAUCCCUUUCCCUGCUUCCCCCCAUCCCCUUCCCUGCUUCACCCCAUCCCCUUCCCUGCUUCCCCCCAUCCCCUCCCCUGCUUCCCCCCAUCCCCCUCCCUGUUUCCCCCCAUCCACUUCCCUUCUUCCCCCCAUCCCCUCCCCUGCUUCCUCCCAUCCCCUUUCCUGCUUCACCCCAUCCCCUUCCCUCCUUCCCCCCAUCCCCUUCCCUGCUUCCCCCCAUCCCCUUCCCUGCUUCCCCCCAUCCCCUUCCCUGCUUCCCCUCAUCCCCUUCCCUGCUUCCCCUCAUCCCCUCCCCUGCUUUCCCCCAUCCCCUUCCCUGCUUCCCCUCAUCCCCUGCCCUACUUCCCCCCAUCCCCCUCCCUGCUUCCCCCCACCCCUUGCCCUGCUUCCCCCCAUCCCCCUCCCUGCUUCCCCCCAUCUCCUUCCCUGCUUCCCCCCUUCCCUUUCCCUGCUUCACCCCAUCCCCUCCCCUGCUUCCCCCCAUCCCGUCCCGUGCUUCCCCCCAUCCCCUUCCCUGCUUCCCCCCAUCCGCUUCCCUGCUUCCCCCCAUCCCCUUCCCUGCUUCCCCCCAUCCCCUUCCCUGCUUCACCCCAUCCCCUUCCCUGCUUCCCCCCAUCCCCUCCCCUUCUUCCCCCCAUCCCCCUCCCUGUUUCCCCCCAUCCCCUUCCCUUCUUCCCCCCAUCCCCUCCCUUGCUUCCUCCCAUCCCCUUCCCUGCUUCACCCCAUCCCCUUCCCUGCUUCCCCCCAUCCCCUUCCCUGCUUCCCCCCAUCCCCUUCCCUGCUUCCCCUCAUCCCCUCCCCUGCUUUCCCCCAUCCCCUUCCCUGCUUUCCCCCAUCCCCUUCCCUACUUUCCCCCAUCCCCUGCCCUGCUUCCCCCCAUCCCCCUCCCUGCUUCCCCCCAUCCCCUUCCCUGCUUCCCCCCUUCCCUUUCCCUGCUUCACCCCAUCCCCUCCCUUGCUUCCCCCCAUCCCGUCCCGUGCUUCCCCCAAUCCCCUUCCCUGCUUCCCCCCAUCCCCUUCCCUGCUUCCCCUCAUCCCCCUCCCUGCUUCCCCUCGUCCCUUUCCCUGCUUCCCCCCAUCCCCUUCCCUGCUUCCCCCCAUCCCCUUCCCUCCUUCCCCCCCUGCUGCCUCCCAUCACUCUCAUUCUCCUUCCUCCCGCACUCACACCUCUCAGUCCUCUCGCACUCUCUCUCUCCGUCCUCUCGCACUCGCACUCUCCUCCCCACCACCCUCAGCCCUCCUUCCCCUCACACCCACCCAUGUUCCCACCUGCCCUCCCCAUCCCUGCCUUUCCCUCCCUGCCCUGCCCUUCCCUUCUCCAUCCCUUCUCAAACCUUCCCUUUCAUGUCAUGGAGCAGUGAGGGAAAUGAGGUGAAGCAGGGAGGGAAAUGA